AUGGCUGAGGACAUUACUGAAAUGCUCGGUCAAAAUCAGAAUCUCCAAUUCCUCCGUGAGAAUUGUUGUUCUAUCGGAGCUGGGCAGUCAACCGGUUCGAUUCGCGUGUUGGCCCCAAGAUUCCUUAAGGGAGCUGAAAGGGGGUGUUCAUUGCGUUUUGGCCCACGUACUUCGGAUCUUCUAGGCCUUCCGAGCCACCCAGACGUACUGCAUCUUCCGCAGUCGUUUCUACAGAAGACCGGGAAGCCUGAAGAAAGCCACUUUGUGAUCAUCGGCCAGGCGGUCGAUGUAUGCUUUGUGCAGUCUAUACUUCUUGGCAAUAAGGGUGCUGAUAUCCGCGUCGUGGUCAUCAAGUCAGUCCACAUUGCAGUCGGAACCCCUUCGUGGAGAUGA